UUUAGAUCAUAGAUUAGAAUUCCACAACCAAGUUUGAGUUGUGAAUAUCCUUGAGAGAUAUGUGAGGUGUUUUGAGAGUUUUUAGUUAGAGCUUGUAUGUCUCUUCUUUCUAUUCUUGAAAGUAAUAGAAGUGUUUUUCUCUCAUAUUAGCACGAUCCUUUUAUUCCCAACAAGUGGUAUCAGAGCCUGGUUGAGCUUUUGAUAUUUUUCCCAGAUUUUUUCAGAUAAAAUUCUACUGUCUGAAAAAUCGAGUUUUUCAGUAUUGCUCGGAAUUGCAAUCUGAUUAUACCGUUGGAUUCGUCUCGUCGAGACGAGAAAACUGGUAUUUUUGGGGAUUUUUUUGGCCACCGGAAGCUGCCGUACGCGCCGCCAAACGCCGGCCAAAAAUGCCUGCGUCAUGCUGACGUCAUCACGCGCAGACAGAGGUUGGAGACAGCUGACGUCAUCAGCCAGCCAGAGCUGCGUCAGCGACACGUCAGCGCCACAUGUGCAGUCCCAGCACAGUCAGCCGCCACGUCACCAGUCAACUGCCAACUUUCACCAGCGCCCAGUCAGCUGCCACGUCAUCGCCCAGUCACCGCCACGUCACUGCCACGUCAUCUGCCACGUCACCGGAAGUGGAGAUGAAAUCGCGAAUUUCCCGGCGAUUUUGCUUCUGAGCGGAAACAAACUCUGCGGAGAUGAAACUCAAGUGUUGUGAACAAACACAAGGAAGCGCACGACCACAUUUUCCGGGCACACGCCAUCGCAUUCCUUUCUCCACAAAUAAACCACUCUAACUUCCGCCUUAUAAUCAUCAUGCAACUAUCGACACACUCACACACACGCAAAUUGGGUUGAUCUCUCUCACCUCUGUUUCCGUUCUGUAUAUAAAUGGAUCUCUGCUUUUUCAUCCCUUACGAUCACGCCGACUCUCUCACUCCAAUAUUUUACAAGGUGGAGGUGAAAUGGCCGCAGCUCCACACCCACAGUGCACGACAAGUAACGACGCGAACAAUUCUUCCAAUGAACACUCAAUCGAUGAUAUUGAAUGUGACCAGAUUGUUGUCCCAGAUAAAAAGGGGUGGAAGAAGUUUUUGGCAUAUUUGGGUCCAGGAUUUCUUGUUUCUAUUGCUUAUAUUGAUCCUGGAAAUUUUCAAAGUGACCUCCAAGCAGGAGCUCAGUACAAAUAUGGGUUACUGUGGAUUAUAUUGGUAGCUUCAUUUGCUGCUGUUAUUGUCCAAAUGCUGGCAGCAAACCUUGGAAUUGUUACAGGAAAGCAUUUAGCUGAACACUGUCGACAAGAGUAUCCAAAGAUCUUGAGUUUUAUCUUGUGGAUUAUAGCCGAAAUAACUAUAGUUGCAUGUGACAUCCCCGAAGUGAUUGGAACGGCUUUUGCACUGAACAUGCUCUUCAAUAUAGUGUUAUGGUGUGGCGUGCUAAUCACUGGCCUGAGUACAUUGGUCCUACUAUUACUGCAGCAAUACGGGGUGAGGAAACUUGAGAUCUUUAUUGCUUUGCUUGUGUUCACAAUUGCUGCAUGCUUCUUUGUGGAGCUUGGAUAUGCAAAACCUAAAUCAUCGGAAGUUUUACAUGGUCUUUUCGUUCCACAACUUGAAGGAGAUGGAGCCACUAAGCUAGCUGUCUCACUUCUUGGUGCUAUGGUUAUGCCGCAUAAUCUUUUCCUCCACUCGGCACUUGUCCUUUCUAGGAAAAUCCCCCGGUCUUUCAAUGGCAUCAAGGAUGCAAGAAAAUUUUAUUUGAUGGAAAGUGCAUUGGCAUUAAUGGUGGCAUUUCUGAUCAACGUUUCAGUUAUUUCAGUUAGUGGUGCGGUUUGCAAUUCACCAAAUUUGGACACUGCUGACAAACUCAAGUGCCAAGACUUGGAUUUGAACAAAGCUUCAUUUUUGCUUAAAAAUGUUCUUGGUAGAUGGAAUUCCAAGCUUUUUGCAAUUGCUUUGUUGGCUUCCGGACAGAGUUCUACCAUUACCGGGACAUAUGCUGGACAAUAUGUCAUGCAGGGGUUUCUAGAUUUGAAGCUGCAGCCCUGGAUUAGGAACUGUCUGACUCGAUGCUUAGCAAUUAUCCCAAGCCUUAUUGUUGCGAUCAUCGGCGGGUCGAAUGGUGCUGGAAACCUAAUUAUCAUUUCAUCGAUGAUUUUAUCAUUUUCGCUUCCUUUUGCUCUCAUUCCUCUUUUGAAGUUCACAAGUAGUAGAUUGAAGAUGGGUGUACACACCAACUCAUAUUUUAUUUCAGCCUCAACAUGGGUUAUCGGGGCUCUUAUAAUAGGCAUCAACGUGUACUAUCUGGUAGAGAAAUUAGUUAUAUCUCUCCGUAGCAGCCAUCUUAAAUUUGUGGGAACUGUGUUUUGUGGAAUCUUGGGAUUUUCAGCCAUGCUCGUGUAUUUGGCCAGCAUUGCUUACUUGGUGAUUCGGAAGAACAAGGAAGGUGGUGCGCACUUGCUAGCAUUGACCACGUCUGAAAUCAGGGGCGGAUCCAGUGCUGUUCAAGACUAUGCACAUGAACACCCAAAAAAAUCAGUUUUCUUUACCAUAAGUACGUCAUUUUAGUUUUUUCUAAAAAUUUCGAACUGUCGUAGACGCCGGCAGGGUGUUGUCUCCUUCAGACUCUAGUGGCCACCGCACAUCUUUGCUCUGCUUCAGCAUUCCUGUUGCCGCCGCCCGACGCCCGACGGUGCUCUAUCGUUUGUCGAGAGUUCCAUCUCCCUAGUCACGAGCUCCAGAUUCCCAGCCUUGGAUUUUCUCCAUCUCGCGAGUUGCAAUGGUUUCCGUCAUCAUCAGUCCACCAACGGUACUCUAGUCUCCUUAAUCCACGGGUUGAAGGUAAACAGUUCCACCAUGGCAUCCUCUUCUCGCGAUCAUGCCUGACGCCUCCACUCCACGUUAGUGGUUAGACCUAGUUUUUGUAAAUCUAGUACUCCGUAUGAAAUUUAUAAAUUCAUUUUCUAAUUCCCAUUUCCCACUAGUCACUGCUUGCCUAGUUGCCUUGAAAGUAUUGGAAUAUAUGAUGUCAGGUUUAGUGGAUUGAAAACAUUUUAUACAAAUUGAAUGUCCGAACUCUUGAUGUCGACAAUAUAAUUUUGCUUAAAGUUUUU